AUGUUCAAUUUAUCUGAGGUGACUUCCAUUUAUCUAGUUGGAUACUAUGGAAUGGAGAAAAGUAAAGAAUGGUAUUUCGCCCUGUUCUUCAUCACAUACCUGGUUAUAAUUAUGGAAAACGUAAUGUUAAUAGGGAUUGUGUGCGCUGACAAGUCUCUCCAUGAGCCUAUGUAUAUACUGAUGUGUAACCUGGCAGUGAACGGUCUGUACGGGGCCACUGCGCUUUUGCCUGCUUUGCUCAGUAAUGUGCUCUCCCAUUCCAGGGAAAUCUCUCUGGCGCUGUGUCAGACGCAACUUUACGCAAUCCACACGUACGCGAUCACCGAGUUCACCAUCUUAGCGGCCAUGAGUUACGACAGGUACAUGGCGAUCUGUUUUCCUUUGACUUACCACACCAUCAUGUCGAAACGAGUCUUCAAAUUGAUUAUUCUGACAUGGGUCUACCCCUUGGUGGCGUUUUUCCUCGUUUUUGCCCUUACGAUUCGACUAAAAUUUUGCAAGAAAACUAUAGACAAAGUGUACUGUCUUAACUACUUGCUGGUCCAGCUUUCCUGCACUAAUACGGCUGCUGAAAAUAUUGUGGGUCUCCUCUCGGUGGCGCUAUACACGGGCCCUCAGUUAAUAAUGGUAAUCUAUUCGUAUGUACAUAUCCUCAGAAUAUGCAUAAAAACUUUCAGUAAAUCUAAACUUAAAGCGCUGAGGACCUGCAUUCCGCAUUUACUGUCAUUAAGUAACUAUUCUGUCGGAUGCUUCUUUGAGAUAGCACAAGGCAGGUUAAAUAACGCCUCUUUGUCAUACCAAACUAAGCUGUUUUUAGCGCUGUAUUUUCUGAUUUUCCCACCAAUUUUGAACCCUGUUAUUUAUGGCCUGAGUAUACAGGUUAUUAGGGUCAAGUUAAUCCACAUUUUCAGCAGAAAGCUGCAAAGAUAG